AUGAAGUUCGUAUCUGUAUGCCUCGUGUUGAUGGUCGCUGUUCUGCACAGAGGUGUGUUAUCAGAAUCAACAGAAAACAAUUACGAUGAAAAAGAAGCUACGUUAGAAAGUUUAUCGAGUGUUUCUAAAAGGCAAACAAAUUUCCAAAAUGAUAACCUCAACCAACAACAAAUACCACAAGAAUACUUCGAUUAUAUUCAACAGGCAAAUUAUGAUGGAAAUUUAGUACCGGAACAACAGCAGUUCAGACAACAGAAUGUACAACAACAGUUCGGACAGCAAAAUGUACAACAAUUUGGACAACAAAAUGUACAACAACAGUUUAGACAACAAAAUGUACAACAACAGUUUGGACAGCAAAAUUUACAACAAGAUUUCGUACAAGGAUUACCAUCAGAUGCAUUUCCUCCGACGACAACGACGACAAGAUCGCCAUUCACUGCUGAACAAGUUCGACUUCAAGAAGAAUAUGCGAGAAGAACACUAGUAGAACAGCAGACAGCGUUAACUAGACCCCGUCAAAGGCCUUUAGCCCAACCACUUCCAACUCAGUUUCAAAUCCAACCUUCACCGAUCCCCGAACAACAACAGCCACAACCACUGCAAUUUAUAGAUCAAAAUGGUCAAGUACGUCAACAAAACUUCGGGCAGCGGCAACAAAACUUUGCUCCUCGACAACAAGAUUUAGUGUCACCACAACAAACCGUUUUCCCAAUUUCAAGUGAUGAACCGUUUUCAUACGCUCAAGUCCAAUUUGGUUCAGUGGCCAAACAAGAGGAAGCAGUUGUAAGCCGACCGAAAGGUCAAAGAUCUGUCUCGAGGCCCAGUACAAACUACGCAAUAGAACCUGCCACCCAACAAACAGUAGACUACCCAGCCGUGACUAAGGUGAAUCCUUUACAGGUUAGUAGUCGUCAACUUCAAAACGUGGUUUACAUACAGCCCAACGGUCAGAUGUACAAAGGGGUCGAAGAUACCGAGCCAGUAGUACUGAUUCCGCGUAAGAAUCACCAUUACCAGACGAUAUCAGCGGUAACUUCCGGGCCCACGACUAGCGCUUCUUCUUUUACUUCGUCAACUACUACUGCAGGUCCGGUCGAAGAAGAGCAAGUGAUAGUGAUUCCCCGUCCGAAGAAACCUAAUCAAAGGUCCAGACAGGAAAGCCGAAAAUCGAGCAGGGUACAACAACAGGCUGUGACAACUGAAAGACCUCAGCAGCAACAAGACCAACAACUGCAGCAGUCAUCCGAAGUGGAGCCGGACAAUUUCCUCACGUCACUUCUAUCUAGAUUCCAGCAGACACAACCAGAGACGACAGUCGCCACUUUGCCAAAGGUGAGAGGCAGCCAGAGGCCGAAAAGCGGUAACCGUUCUGGAACAUCCAAGUACUUGCCGGACAGAAGUCAGUUGCAGCUAUUGCAAUUUCCGCAUGAGCUCAAGGCGUUAAGCAGUGCUGAACUCAAAGUGUUGGAAGAAACCAGCGCUCAGAUAGCUGCUGCAAAUGACAAAUCCGUUGGACAAAAACAGCUCCUAAGAAAAACUCCGGUUACUAGUACCGUACCACCUUCACUGCCAUCAAACGUAAGACUCAAUGAACAACUGAUCCUUGGGAAUAGACCAGUUCCCAUGCCCGUCGAACUUAACGAACAACAGCGUCAGUUCCUGGCAGCUCAAGGUAUCCGUCACUUGUACCGGGUGGAUUACGAUCAAUCCGGAAAUGAGUUACCACUGACUUAUGUAUUAGCAUUGGAUAACCGGCCCAAACUAGCAGAGUCGAAACAGAAACUCAGAACCUCCCCUGCAUAA